UGGUAGCAGUAACGCAACGCGGUAUAACUUGGAAGUACAGCACCUGUGUUCGACGUUAUUAACUCUAGCCUGCGGUACACGUGCGUACCGGUCAACAAUUUUUGGUAGUUUUUAAACACGUCGCAAUUGGCUCGAUACUUUGCCAGUACAGAGAAUGUUGAUGAGGUGGAUCAGUAGAGUAGGUAUAGUUUCAGUCAGCACAUUCAAUCAUCAUCGCUACCAAGUAGUUAACUUUUUUAUUUAGUCAACGUUCAGCGACCUGUAAAAGUCUGGUUGCUUCAGUCUGCUCCUCACUCUGUAGCGCAGCGGAGUUAAACAAUAGGUGUGUUUACAACGAACAUAUGUAACCAAAAUGGUGAAACAGGUAACACUUGAGUCACCUAGUGAAAUGCAACUAAUGUCACCCACCGAAGAUGGAAAGGCUCUCCCUGGUAGCCAAGAAUUUGAGCCUAGUAAAAUACAGAUGAAAAAACAGCUUGGCUUGCUGGAAGGAGUUGCUAUAAUUUUAGGAAUCAUAUUUGGAUCAGGAAUUUUUGUUUCACCGAAGGGCGUAAUCAAAGAAGUAGGUAGUGUUGGCUUAUCUCUCAUCAUAUGGGUCUUUUGUGGUUUGCUCUCUAUGGUUGGAGCGUUGUGCUAUGCGGAAUUGGGUACAAGCAUACCUGUUAGCGGUGGUGAUUAUGCUUAUAUUCACGAAGCCUUUGGACCAUUACCAUCGUUCUUGUAUUUGUGGGCAGCAAAUUUGAUAUUCGUUCCUACAACGAACGCUAUUAUGAGUCUCACUUUUGCUCAGUAUGUUCUCCAACCAUUUUUUCCGAAUUGUGAAAUCCCUGAUGAUGGUAUGAGACUCAUAGCUGCUGUCACUAUAUGCUUGCUGACUUUUAUCAAUUGCUACGAUGUUAAAGAGACAUCAAUGAUGCAGAAUGUGUUCAUGUUUGCUAAGGUCGCUGCAUUAGUUAUAAUUAUUAUCACUGGAAUGACCUGGUUAGGACUUGGGCAUACAGAAAAUUUCACAACACCAUUCGAAGAAACUAAUACUGAUCCAGGAAAAAUUGCAGUUGCAUUUUGCUCUGGUAUAUUUUCUUAUUCUGGCUGGAACUAUCUGAAUUUUAUGACAGAAGAACUCAAAAAUCCAUAUGUAAAUUUACCUCGUGCUAUCUACAUAUCGCUGCCAUUGGUGACUUUCAUCUAUGUUCUCGCCAAUGUGGCUUAUUUAGCAGUGUUAACACCAGAUAUGAUGAUCGCCUCUUAUGCUAUUGCUGUGACGUUUGGGGAUCAAGUACUGGGAGUCAUGUCGUGGACGAUACCUGUGAUGGUAGCAAUUUCAGCUUUUGGCGGCUUAAGCGUCCAUAUCAUGACUUCUUCACGGAUGUGCUUCGUAGGUGCUCGGAAUGGGCAAUUUCCAGCUAUGUUGAGCUACAUUAAUGUGUCCAAGCUGACUCCUACCCCUGCCUUGGUGUUUUUGUGUAUUUUGUCACUAUGUAUGCUUUGCACCAGUGAUGUAUUUGUGCUAAUUACUUACUGUAGUAUCGUGGAGACAUUCUUCAUUACAUUAUCUAUUGCCGGUAUUUUAUGGCUGAGAUAUAAGAGACCGAACAUGGAGAGGCCCAUCAAGGUUUCAUUGUGGGUACCUAUUACGUUUGUGAUGAUAUGUAUUUUCCUCAUUGUGGUAUCUUGCUAUCAGGCACCAUUUGAAGUAGGUAUAGGCACUCUAAUUACCCUGUCUGGAAUCCCUGCUUAUUACGUCGGAAUUGUGUGGAAGAAUAAACCAAAGUCAUUUCAACGUCAGUACAAUCGCAUCACCUGCACAAUACAAAAAUUGUUUGUAGCUGCGAGGGAAGAAAGAGAUCAGUAAUUACUGAAGUUUUUGCAAUUCAAAACAGUAUUUGGUGCGUGCAUAAUUACU